AUGGGCUGUAUCAUUAACCUAAACAAAAUUGAUCUUUCUCAUGAGCUUGACCAAGACCCUUAAGAAGACGAACAACCACUAAACAAAAUUAAUAACACAAUACAAAUUCAUAUAAUGGAAUUCACCUAAAAAUCUAAUAAUGAUGAUUCAGCCCUAUUUCUUUAAAAAUAGGCAUCUACCUAUCCUAUAGUAAGUAAUUAUUCUAAUAAAUCUAAUUCGAACUCAAUAAAAUCAUGUUUAAAACCAUAAUCUGGUCGAUCAUUAUUUGUAAAAGAAGAUCGCCAUAAAACAGUUCAAUUCAAUUAAAUUAUCAAAGUAGUAACUAGAAAUAAAGUUUUUUAUUUAAGAAGAAUAAGGAGAUCAAAAAAUAAGAAAACAAAAAUAGAUCUUGAUGAAAUCUUUUGA